GUCUCUUGAGUUUUCUCAGACUUAAUCUCUCCAGCUCAGGAUUCUGUUUUGGGCCCAAUUCAUACACUGUUCCUGGAAACUUGUAUUAAGGUGGUCUUUUGAAUAAUCUGAAACAAGGGACAGGCUAUGGACACCUGUGUGUUCAUUCCUGAACUCGACAUCCAAAAUGGCACAGUCAGACAUAUAAUUUCCUUUGCUGAAGUAACCACCUCUUGACACCACACCCUCUCCCUCACCUUGAAAAUACCAGGGAACACAGACUUGUCCUCUCUGCCGAGAUUAGUGUAAAAACAAAAAUAUUCCAGUUUUUAUUACUGAACUGGAUUUAGGGCAAGAUGCCUUUGAAUCUUUGGCUUUUGACCCUCUGGACUUCUUGGCGGGAGAAAGUCCCCUCACCCGACUUCUGCCUUCAAUCAGCUCACGGUCACCCCUCCAAAACGUCCCACCUUACUGGCCAAAUAUCAUAUGGAAAAUAAUCCAGGCCCUUCCCUAUCCCCGUGAGAGGAUUUUUGUCUCCAGCCUCAAGCACCAGCAUCGCGAAACCACCUGGGACCCCCCCACCCCCGACCACAAAAUGGUGCCCACGCCGUGAGGGGGCAGCGGCCAUGUUGGGGCUGAGGGGCCCGGCGCCGCAAUUCCCGGCUGGUGCCAGCGGGUCACCCUUCCAGAAUCAGCCGGCGGCUCGGGAUGGCCCCUUCCCGCGGGGGAGCAGGCGGGAGGAGCUUGGCGGCUCUCCCCAGGGCGGGCUGGGUCGGCAGCAGCGCCCCGCGGAGCUGGGAGCCCCGGCAGCGCGGUGUCCCCGCAGCGCUGAGGGGACGGAGCUGCCCGGGCGUCCCUCACGGGCGGGAGGCGGGAAAGCGACGGGGCCCGGCCCGCCUGAGGGGAGGCGGCUCCUGGCGGGGCCUCGGGGCUCCCGUGCCUGCCAUGGCGCGGCUGGGGGGUUUUUCUCCUCCCUUCGCGUUUCUGGCCCCUCAGGGUCGGACUCUGGAACCAAGGGCUCCGAUUUUCUCCUCGGUGUGCCCACAGGAAGCAUCCCCGGGGUGGCUGUGUCAGGUGCUGUUCCAAUGAACAUGAAUAUCCAGGAAUUAAGAGAACAAGCAAGAAUCCCAAAUUUGGUGCAUCCACAUCAAGUCUGUCACAGGGAAUCCACAGUUUGUCAGCUCUGCUCCCAGCUGGGAGAAGUGAAGAGGAUCUAUGAAAACAAGGUAGAAAACCUUGAGAAGCAGUUGCACCUAGCUCAUUCUGAGACAGCUCAGACAGACCAGGCACAACAUAGCCAGGAACCUGGAAAUCCAAAUGACCAGAUUCAUCAACUGUUGGUAAAAACAAGUGAAAAAGAGACAGAGCUAAGCCUAGAAAAAGAGCGAAACAAGCAAUUUUGGAAUCAGAACACCCAGAACAGCAUCACCAUGGAGCAGCUCAGGAGGCAGCUGGACAACAGAAACAUGCAGCUGCAGAGCAUGGAAAAGGCACUGAAGGAAAAGAGGAUGGAGUGUCGCAGACAAAUGGAGUGUCAGAUGGCUGCAAUUGAGGGAAAAAAUGAAAGCAUUGGAAGAAUCUCCUCUCUGACUGUGCAGCUGGAGAUGACCAAGGAAGCACUGCGUAAAGUCAUGGAGUGUCUGGCAGCCAAACAGAGGGAUUUGGAGGCUGCUGAGCAAACAGGCUCAGAUCUGGUGGCUUGUCUGCAGGAGAAGGAAAGAGUCCUUGGGGCUAGCAGGCAGGAAAUCAGCGAGCUCCUUGGCAGCAGGAUGCAGGAGCUCCAGCACGCGAGGAGUGAAGAGGGCUGCUUACACAAGGUGCAGUCGGAGCUCAAGGCGCUGAAACUGUGCGUAUUGGAGAAGGAAAGGAUGGUGGAGAUCUCCCAAAAGCAAAUUGAUAACAUGACCCAGAUCAUGGGCCAGCACGGCCGAACUGCUGGAGCAAUGGAAGUGGAGAAAUUCCAGCUGAAAAAAGAAAUAAAUGGCUGGAAACUCAAAGCAGAAGAGCUUAAGAGUGCAAAGGAUGAGAAAGAAGCCAGGAUACGUGAAAUGGAGGCCAGGCUGAGCGAGCUGGAAAAGGUUCAGCUGGUUAGCACAUGCACCGAGAGGCUCCAGGCACUGAAUGAUGCAAAACUGGAAAAAGAUGAGCUCCUGCAGGAACUCCAGGCUGGCCUGAGGCAGCUAGCUGGCCUUGCAGAGGCAUUUGAAGAUUUGAAGAGGAAUUAUCAGGGUGAAGUAAAGGAAAUGGAAAAUACUGCAAACAGACUGAAAAUGCAGUUGAAGUCAGCCCAAGCUGAACUGAAACAGGCCAGGACUGCUCUAAAGACUACAGAGGGACCUGAUGGCAAUGCUCUGGAAGCUGCAGCAAGAAUGCAGAAGCAGAUCACAGGCAAGAGAGGACAGAUAGAUGCACUACAGAGCAAGAUGAAAUUCUUGGAAGAGGCAAUGGCAAACGUAGCUAAGGAGAAGCAUUACCUCAGAGAAGAAAAUAGUAAACUAAGUCAGAAACUGAGCUGUAUUAGAGCAGAAAAUAUCAGGAUUGCUGGGGACCUGGAGAUCCUAAGAUCACAAGACAAACAGCUGAAAGAAAAACUACCCAAGAUGGGUAGUUUUGAUAAGGCAUCCCUGCAGUUUGCAGAGUGCCAGUGCAUCAUCCAGUGCCAGGAGCAGGAAGCCAUACGCUGCAGGCUGCAGCACACCUUGGAUGUGAGAGAGCUGCAGGGCCCAGGCUACUCCUCAGCUUCUGCUUCAGGGAAGCUGCAGCACGCUGUGCCUCAGUCCCAUCUCCUCUCUGCUGUCUGGCCACAUGCCCUGUACCUGCCCAGCUCUGCCCCUCAGAAGCCUACCAAGCUGGACAUUUUGAAGGAAAAACCACUGCAGAAUCUGAAGAGGAUUCUUCAAGAAUUAACAAGCUCAGACAGUGAAGUUCCCUCCGUGGAUCUCAGCAGCCACGGUGGGAGAAAAUCCCCUUUAACAACCAUGAGGAAUGCAGCGGGUCCUUCCUGCUCACAUCCCGCAGAUCUUCAGUCCCGGGAUGGUUCCCUGCUCCUUACAUCCCUUGGAAAGGCAUCCAUCUGCUCGGCAGCACCUCGGUGCACAUCCUCCCCCAAGCAGGUCCCUUGGGAGGGCAGACACAGAGCCAGAUCUCCAGUACACCUGCUCUUAACUACCCCUCCUGAUGAGCUUUCAGCUGGCCCUGCUGCUUCACCUGAGCACAGCCCAGCCCCAGGGAACCUUGGCUCUCCACAGGGAGCAGCCACAGCCCCAGGAAUAGGUUCUGUUCAAGCAGAAGGUUUUUUCUGUGAUAAAAGAAUUCCCAUGGAAACUAGUGAGCCCACACCAAAGAGGCUACAGAGCAAGAUGGAAAGCCUGCAAAACCUGGUGGAAUCAUUGCACAUAAAGAACCAAGCCACAUCUCCAAUGAUCAGAACUCAGGAGGUGAAGACAAAGAAACCCAAGGAAAAGGAGAGAAAGCUAUUCAAGUGAAGGCACUGUAUGCAUUAGUGAUCGCUUUCAUGUGGAUGGCACAGGAGGACUGUUAGGCCAAGCUUGCCCACAGCAAGGACACCACAGAUGGCAACCAACCCCCGGGAGAGAAAACCUAACAGCAGGCUAAUACCUGGAGAGACUCCAAAGGUUGUUCCUGAUGUAUCAUUACUUUGGAGAGCAGUGUUCUGUGAACGAGGCUCCGUUGCACCAUUGUUUGCUCAGCAAGUGGGAGAGCAUUGGAAAAACAGGAGAGUAUUUGGAAAAGCCACACGUGACUUUGCAGAAUUCCCAGCUGGCUGGCCCAAGAUCAGGAGCCUCAAGCCUGACACCUUUCCACGUUUCAGAACCAAAACAGGAGGACUCCCAAGGAGCCGAGCACCUGGUGUUGCACAAACUGAAGGAGCCACAUCACAACCUCAGCAAAUCUGGCUUUUUACGUUUAUUAAAGAUAUUCCCAGUGCAUGGGACAGGACAAUUUCACCGUGCCCAUGCUCUCCAGAAUGUGGGCCUUGUCUGCCUCUUCUCUCAGUAACAUCACCACGGUGCUGCAAAGGGAAGAUGUGCCCCUGCUUGUUUCAGGGAACCGUAACUAGGACACACGAUUGUGCCCCGAGCCAGCAGUGCACCCACUGCAUUCCCAGGCUGCACUCCAGAGGUGGAGCCACUCCUCACAGGAGUGUUUGCAGUGUAUCAUGGCUUCUUCCUAGGCUUCCAAAAGUUGAAAUGUCUUGCCAAAAUAAAGAAAAUAAUUCACUCUGAGAAUCUAGAAAACCUGUGUGGAGAAACAAUGGGCUUCUUUGCAUCACAUGAGUAGGUUUUUAUGGAAAAAAUCCAAAAAGUUGAAUUAAUCAAACCCAAAAUUCUGUAGGAAUCUUUACUUGAUCUAUAAAUAUCUGUGCAAGGUUCAGCUACAAUAUUUUACAGUGGGAGGGAAGGUUUAUGGUUUCAGAGACAGAAUUCCUGCGAAGAGUCUUUCUAAGG